CUGCAGUUGCAGUGAUGCCUGGCUUCACCUGCUGUGUUCCGGGUUGCUAUAGCAAUUCCCAUCGCGACAAAGGUCUGCACUUUUAUACAUUUCCCAAAGAUCCGGAGCUGCGACACAUGUGGCUGAAGAACGUGUCUCGGGCUGGAGUGACAGGCUGCUUUAAUACUUUUCAGCCCACCAACGGACACCGGGUGUGUAGCCUUCACUUCCACGGUGGGCGCAAGUCGUACAGCAUCAGGGUGCCGACAAUAUUUCCUCUUCGGGGAGUAAACGAGAAGAGACCUCGCAGGGGCAGCCCGGGAGACAAAAGCAACAAGAGACAUCAGCCCAAUUAUUCCACAGCGGUUCUGGUGACGUCACUGCCAGGACAGGAGCAGGAGGUGCUGGAGCUGACAGCUAGCGGUGCUGAGAUGAUGCUAAUAGGCGCAUCACCUGGCAUGGGGGCAGAGAUGAGCGGUGCAGACGUGUCUCCUCCUGUCACAGUCCAUGCGGAAUCAAACCCAGUGAAUCUCACUGUCAAGCUGGAUUCUGAAGGAGCAGACGCUUUUUCUCCAGCUACUUCUCAUCAGCAACUCCAAGUGGUAGUCGUGGGAGAAGAAACUUAUCAUCCCAUGGCCGAAUAUUACCCAUCUCCGCAAUUCGCUGACCAUUCUUAUUCCAUGUCCUCCAGCACCACCACAGAGGAGCUUCUGAGAAAGCUCAAUGAACAGCGGGACAUUAUAGCCCUUAUGGAGGUCAAAAUGAAAGAGAUGAAGUCCAGCAUCAGACAUUUACGAAUCACAGAGGUAAAACUGAGGGAGGAAAUACGACAGAAAGAUAAAGUUUUAAAUGCUGCUAAGAAAAAAUCUUAAGUUGGCCACAUUUUUGUGACAAUCAUCAUCUGCUUAGCACAGACAAUUCUUUUUUAUCGUAUAAUGUACUGGAUGAAUGUGACUGUUUCGAAGACUCGUACAAUCCAAUUGAUUGUAUGGGAGGUGUUGGCAGCAAGGAUUCAAACUUUUCUUAUGGUAUCACAGAAUCUCCCUUUUUUUUUUUUUUUUUUCUCCUUCUUUUUUGUUUUGUUUUUGAAACUUUUUCACAUGUAUAAAGCCGUUUCAAAUAAAAGGUGUUUGUACUUUAGGUUUACUUUUAAUUUAAAGCAAUUCUAUGGCAAGCUGUUAAUGUCAACUUUGGUGUGCUUUGCCAAAAUGUGUAGAAAAUAAAUGUUAAAAAGAAAA